AUGGCAAAGUUUGCUCCCGUCGACUGCCUGCACAUGGUGUGGUCGAAGGAGAGGGUUCUUCAGGAACGCCUCGAAGAGGGAGGACGUGCUGUCAGGACAGUUGAUGGCUCCUCGUUUGUUAGAGCGAGUGAGGAUAACUGUAUCGAGAACCGUGCAUUUUUGGCAGCUUAUAUGGUGCGUCAAAGGGGUGCCCGUUCUUUGGAUAUUCCAGACGUGGAGUCUUUAAAGGCGCAAUUGCUGUCGAUGCACACGACUUUUGUCAUGAACUGCAAAGCUAAAGCAUCCAAAAGGCCCAAGGCUUUGCUGGAGGCUACGAUGGAGCUCGUGCAGGCGAAUGCACAUUUGGAUGCAAAGGCUUUGAAACGGCUUUUUUCCUAUGCCCGCAGACGAUUCCUGGCGCCCCAUGCGCCCAAAGAUGCUUGGAUGCACGGUCCAGUUUAUGCGGGGAAUGAGCGAGUGAGUUUAUGCGUGCACGACAUAAGUCUGCCUGUGGCCAAGAACCCGGAGUUUGCGGACUUGCUAGAGCUUUGGGGCGACAAGGAGCUUUAUGGCAAGAGCGGCAAAAAGACCCGAUGGGAUACAAAGGAUGUGGAUGAGCAGGCUGGGGAGGAGGAUGCAUUCCAUGAGUAUGCAGAGGACUUUGGUGAGGAUGCGGAAGAGGAGGACCCAGAGGAUGAUCCCCCUCUGGACGUGGCUACGUUCCCCCCGCCCCCUGGUGGAUCCGUGCUGGACAUGCCACUCUUGAACUCCGAACCCGCCCCGGCUUUGCACAGGAGUGUGGUGCACAUGAACAGCUCGACCUCGAUUGCUUCAGAUGCCACCACCCUAGUUUUGGGUGAGACGCCCAAGACUCCUCAGCCAAAGACGCUUGUGCCCGCACAGGCGGUGCAGAUGACACCGUCCCCCCCGAGUUUGCCUGCAGUUGAAGUGCGCUACAGAGAGGUGCUUUAUGUGGCAGAGUCCCCCCGCAAAAUGGUUAAGGCCGAGCCUCGAGAUUUCGAGGCUGGGUGUCCUUCUGGAGUGGCAAAGCCCAGCUUGGACAAGGAAGCCCUUAUGUCUGAGUUGGCUUCUCUUGAAGCCGCACACCAAGCGCUGCUGGAUGCAGAAGCAAAGCUGCAAGCCGAAGCAACGGCAACAAAGCCAAGCACAACAGAGCCGAACGCAACAGAGCAAAACACAACAAAGCCGAACGCGACAGAGCAAAGCACAACAGAGCCGGAACCAACAGAGCCAGACACAGAAGAGCCGGAACCAACAGAGCCAGAGACAACAGAGCCGGAGCCAACAGAGCCAGACGUACCAGCGACUUUGUCCAAAGAGUCCGCUUUGCAAGAGCUGGCUGUGCUGCAAGCAGAGCUGCCAUGGUCUCGGUCGUUGCGCCUGACAUCCUCUGGUGCUGUUGAGGGACCAGCUGCUGUCUUCGACACGGAUGAUACACAAGUUGCCCCGCCGAGUGUUCUGGAUUUGGAAGCCAACAGGUUGGCACGACUGAACUCCACAUGCACCAUGGUUGACAGUGUGCCCGCUGUGAGCCGUGAAGCUCAAUUGGGUGCUCGCAAAAAGCGCAAGAACGACCUGGAUGCAAAAAAGACUGCUAGGGAGGCCCAGAAGGCUGCUGUUCCGGACAACGCCAAGGAAGGCACAGGGACGAAAUCGAUCGGCCAGGCUACCGUUCCGGAGAAGGCCAAGGAAGGCAUGGGAAAGAAAUCGGUCGGCCAGGCUACCGUUCCGGAGAAGGCCAGGGCUGAUGGGAAGACCCCCGGUGAUGUUGUUGGUGAUGGGGCUCUGUGUGCUGAGGCUGGUGGGGAGAAUCAUGAAGAUGAGAAUGGAGCUACGGAUCCGCCGGCAAAGAAGCGAAGAACAGCUGCAAAGAGCAAGGCGAAGGCUAAGGCUAAACGUGCAGAGCAGCAGCAGCAGCAGCCCGAAGCGGUGGUUCAAGAACCAGCUCAGGAGCCUCCUGAGGCCCCUGAACCUGCCUCCUCCGAGGAUCCUGUUGCAGCUCCGGAACCUGGGGAUGCUGGUCAGGUUAGCAAGAAGGGCAGGGGUAAGGGUGGCAGGGGCAGGGGUCGUGGGACAAAGGCGGGCGACAAGAAGAAGCAGGGCAAAGGUGCCAGGAAGGAGGGUGUCGGCGAAGAGAAGAUCGGACUGAGGAAGGAUUUGCUUUCCACGAAUGGGACGCUGAAGCACUACGUUCUCAUGGCCUACUGGAGUCGUCCUGGUGUGGGCAUCAAGCAGCUGAGUGAUGGGAGACAGGUUCAGUACUUGGGCGGCAAAGGCGUGCCCAUGUCAAAGAUUAUGAAAGCCGGCAUCGACUGUGUGUCUUGGUUGAGAUUAACUGGACUGCUGUUCGAGCAGGGCUCAUGCAAGAGUUGGUGCUCCUACCCUGGUUCGUGUGACUGUAGGUGA